AUGGAACCCACUAGAGUUCACCCCGUGCUGAGCAUCCUGGGGAGCAAGUAUAAACCCUUCCAUGAGAACUUGUCCAGUAGGACGCACAUAAUUCUACUCCCCGAAGCAAACACCCUGGUAAAUAUCCGCAUAGAUAUAGAUUUUAUGAAAAGACAUAUAUGCUGCAAGAGCCACUUAAAAAAUGUAUACAUAAAUUUGGCCGGGCAGUCCAUCGAAAUGGACGCGAAGUAUGUUUGCACAGGGUACGGAUUUGAGGAGAAUAGGAUCUGCGAAAUUUUGAAAAUAGAAACGAAUGCCAAUUAUAGAUUUUUGAAAAUUAUUUUUAUUAACAUUCCAUUGGGAGGAGGAUACGACGAUAGUGCACGCGUCAGUUAUAUUAAUGAUGAAGAUGGGCCAGCCGAUGGACAGGCCGAUGGGCAGGUGAAUCACCAGUUCAGUAAUCCCGCGGGGGGGCAACCGAAUGCGAUGAAAUGCAAACACGAGGUAACGCAAUUUUUUAACAAAAACGGAAACUGCCGCGAAUUUCUAUACACACAACUUUUGCAAUUUUCCCACUCGUACAUUAUCGUCAAGGGGUUCGAAAACUGUAUUGGAAAAAAAAUCAUCAAUAUGGUAGAGGACACACUGAAAUUACAAAGCAACGCAAAUGAGAAGACCUUUAAAAGUGACAUAAAGAUGCCACUAAUCAAGUAUAUCUAUUCCUAUCUGUAUAACAUUAUAUGGAAAGAGCUAACUAAAAAUUGCCAACAAAUAGAACACAGGGUUCAAGAAAAAAUGAAUUACCUGAGGAAGGACAUUAGCGGAUUCUUAAAGAAGUUAAAUCUAGGAAGCAUCAGCCUAUUCCAAGUGGAAACGACUGCCUUUCACGUCAAGCAGAUUGAAAAGUGCAACAACCCAAUCGACAAAAUAUACAUCCUAGAUAACAUCAGCAAAAUAAUAUGCGAAAUCAUUUCAUGCACAAAUGAGAACCUGAAGAGACAAAACUUAGCAAUUUACGACAUUAACAGUGACAGCCUGAUUUCAAUUCUCGUGGCAGCAAUUUCGUUUGGUCAAAUACAAAACAUAAUUAGCCACUCCAUUCACUUGCACAUGUAUAUAGAUAACUUAAAGGCGUCCGAAAAAAUUGAUAAAUUAUCAUUUGUCUUCACGAUAUUUCACUCUUCAAUUAUCUACCUCUGCGAUAUGAAGGAGGGAUAG